CUUCUUCUUCUUCUUUAGCUUUGAUGAUACGGAGAGGACAAUUGUUGGUGUAGAAGGAGUGAGAGAUAGAGAGGAAGCCAUGGAAGCUCUGAAAACUGCUAGCUUCUGCCCUAUGUCGGUUCUAUCCGAGAAGAGAUCCGAACCACGAAAGCCCUUUUCGCUCCCUAAGCUCUUUACGCCGAAAUCACCGAAACCAAUCUCCCAUGAAAGCUUUUUCAGGAGCUUCAAUGGCGGAUUAGCUCUUCUAACCUCUGUUUUAAGCAGUGCAACAGCUCCUGCAAAAUCCCUGACGUACGAGGAAGCUCUGCAACAAUCUAUGACCUCUCCUUCAUCUUUUGAUUCAGACGGCUUUAUCGACGGGAUAUCAAGUUUCGUCACGGACAAUCCUCUUGUUAUUGCCGGUGGAUUUGCUGCAUUUGCUGUUCCAUUUGUUCUGUCCCAGGUUCUGAACAAAAAGCCCAAAUCUUUCGGAGUUGAGUCUGCUAAGAAUGCGUAUGCCAAGUUGGGAACUGAUGAAAAUGCUCAAUUGCUUGACAUAAGAGCCUCUGCUGAUUUCAGACAAGUGGGCACUCCUAAUAUUAAGGGUUUAGGUAAAAAAACGGUUUCUACUGUUUAUAACGGAGAAGACAAGCCUGGUUUCUUGAAAAAGCUUUCCUUGAAGUUUAAAGAUCCUGAGAAUACCACAUUGUUCAUUCUGGACAAGUUUGAUGGAAACUCCGAGCUUGUUGCUGAAUUGGUGGCCCUUAAUGGAUUCAAAUCUGCUUACGCCAUAAAAGAUGGAGUGGAGGGACCUAGAGGCUGGUUGAAUAGCGGUUUGCCUUGGAUAGAGCCAAAGAAGAAUCUCAGUCUUGAUUUGAGCAGUUUGACGGAUAGUAUCAGCGGUGUGUUUGGUGAGAGUUCUGAUGGUGUCUCUGUUGCUCUUGGAGUAGCUGCUGCUGCUGGAUUAAGUGUUUUUGCAUUUACAGAGAUUGAAACCAUACUUCAACUACUAGGUUCGGCUGCACUUGUUCAGCUUGCAGGCAAGAAGCUUCUAUUUGCUGAGGACCGAAAGCAAACCCUGAAACAAGUGGAUGAGUUCUUGAACACAAAGGUUGCCCCUAAAGAACUUGUUGAUGAAUUAAAGGAAAUAGGAAAGGCUCUUCUUCCUCCAUCAACAAGCAGCAAAGCUCUUCCCGCACCAGCAACUGUAACACCAGAAGCAGCAGCUACAACCACCACCGUCGAUAAACAAGAACCUGAGCCAGAGACGAAACCAGAGCCAGAGCCAGAGCCAGUGCCAGAGAUCAAAGCCGCCACUGCACAAGUAAUCUCAGAACCUACCAAAACAGAAGCGAAACCAAAAUCUUAUUCAAGACCUCUCUCUCCAUAUGCAUCGUACCCUGACUUGAAGCCUCCAACAUCUCCGACACCAUCGCAGCCCUAAAUAAAAGCAGCCUCCUUGGAACUUGUUCUGGUUUUGCCUCCUGCAAAAUAUUGCUCGAAUCUUAGAGACUUCUUCUUUUUCUGUUUUCUUUUUACUUCGUUUUCUGUUUUCUUUUUACCUUCGAGAACUUAGAUGCUACCUUCUGUUGAAUCUGAGAUAUGUGUACUCUGUUUUUUCCCCUCCUUUAUACCGCCAUUGACGCUGUGCUUCAAA